UCGUUACCGCCUCUUCCUCCUUUUUGCCCUUGGGGCAAAUGUUUUUUGCUGCUACUGCCUGCCGUGUCUUCCGUACUUUCGCCACCAUGGGAGAAGCCGCUUCGGUUUUCCUAAAAAUUCCCAGCAAAGAAGCAGCGUUGCCUGGCAGAAACCAGAGCCUCGUCCAUAUUACGGGUAAACAUCAUGUGAAUGGGAACAGUAUGGUUGAACCCUUUCCAGAGGGAAUGCACAUGGCAAUAUUUGGGAUGGGCUGUUUCUGGGGGGCAGAGAAAAAAUUUUGGAAGCAGAAAGGAGUCUACUCUACUCAAGUAGGUUAUGCAGGAGGAUAUACCCCAAAUCCCACGUAUGAAGAAGUCUGUUCAGGCAAAACUGGCCAUACUGAAGUCGUGCGAGUGGUAUUUCAGCCAGAAAUCAUCAGCUUUGAGAAACUGCUCAAGGUCUUCUGGGAGAAUCAUGACCCGACACAAGGGAUGCGGCAGGGAAAUGAUGUUGGGACACAGUAUCGGUCUGCUAUCUAUACAGUCACCCCAGAUCAAAUGGAGUCUGCCUUGAAAUCUAAAAAUGAUUACCAAAAGAUUCUCAUUCAUCCAGGUCAUGAUUGUCCUAAAGGUGAUUUCCAGAAGGCAUUGACAGAGAAUAGUUUGGGGGUCAUCACAACUGAAAUCCGUGAGGCUCCAGAGUUCUAUUAUGCUGAAGAAUAUCAUCAGCAGUACCUAAGCAAGCACCCUAAUGGUUACUGUGGACUUGGAGGCACAGGGGUUUCCUGUCCUAUUGGUAUUAAAGGAUGAUCCUUACUCACAGGGCAAUCAUUCCCUAAACCAAAUGUCAAACUUAAAGAAAUGUGUUUUGGAUUUUUACCGCAGACUUCAGUGUAGCUUUCAUAGAUAUGAAAUCACUGGCAUUUA